GGACCACACGCCGCCGACAUCAUCAAUCCCUCGGUAGAGGUACUGAUCAAGGUGAAGGACAUUAACGACGAGCUGGUGGUCUUUGAGCAGCGCUCCUACAAGUUCGCCAUUCCGGAGAAUCUGCCCCGCGGGACGCUGAUCGGCGCCCUGAAUGCGACCAACACCAAGCGCAUCGGCGACCUGCAGGAUGUGACGUACUGGCUGGAGGAGAGCGGAGAGGACAACGCCGCCUCCAAGUUCAACAUCAACCCGAAGACGGGCGAGCUGAUUGUCAUUGACACCAUCGACUGCGAUAUGCCCGCCAAUGAGAAAGUGUUCAACUUUAGAGUGCUCGCACGCGACACACUGUCGAUUAAUGCCCUCAACACCAGUGUCCCGGUGCGAAUUGAGAUUCAAGACGAGAACGAUAACGCGCCUCGCUUCAACGAAGAAAGCUACGGACUUGAACUGCCCGAAAGUCUGCCGCCGGGGACGCCGCUGCCGCCGUUCUACGGCAUCUCCGACAUCGACUCAGGUGACAAUGGGCGAAUAGUGCACUUUCGCAUUAGAGGCGCCGAGAGUGAUGUCGCCUACUUUGUGAUCAACGACACCACCGGCGUCAUUGCGCUGGCCAAGUCGCUGGACUACGAGACGAAACCGCGACUUGACUUUGAACUGUUGGCCGCGGACGGCGGCGAUGAGCCACAGUGGGGCAGAACGAAGGUCGCCAUCCAGGUCUCCAACAUUAAUGAGUACUCGCCCAAGUUCAUCGGUCUGCCCUACACCUACUACGUCCAGGAAUCGGCCGUCGAGGGCACCAGUGUAGGUCAGGUGAAGGCGACUGAUGACGACGGCAACAACAUCGUCUACUCGAUCAGCGACAACGACCACGAGUACUUCACCAUCGAGCCGGACACUGGGCGCAUCUACGUGGGCAAGCCGCUGGUCGGCCGGACGCACUACAGCUUCAUCGCCCGGGCCACCGACGACGGCGUGCCGCAGAACUUCAGCCUGGGCGUGCAGGUGACGGUGCGCGUCAAUGAGAACAACGACUAUCCGCCGGUCUUCACCGCCAACACUUACUACGGAUCGGUGCUGGAGCGACACGAGUCGGAGAAGGUGAUUGCCAGGGUGAAGGCCACCGACAAGGACCUGGAGAACAACACCAUCACCUACUCGAUUGUGGGCGGCAAUGAUGACAACUACUUCAGCAUUGACAGCAGUCUGGGCGAGAUUCGAAUUGUGCCCGGCAAGGGCGCACAGCUUGACUUUGACGAGCGAAAGCAGUUCUCGCUGCUAGUGCAGGCAAAGGACUCCCAUCAGACGCCACUCUCCGGCCUGACCAUUGUCGUCAUUGACGUCAAAGACAUCAACAACCACCCUCCAGUGUUCAGCAAAGCCGCCUAUUCAAUUACCAUAAAUGAGAACACGGCGGCCGGGCACUGCUUCCUCAAGCUGGAGGCCACCUCGGGCGAUUCGGUGGACAAGGUGAACUACUUCCUCGGCAGUGGCAAGGACAAUCAUGCGUUUGAUCUGAACAAACUCACCGGUGAUCUGUGCACGAGAAAGCUCAUUGACCGAGAGCAGCAGGACAAGUACGAGCUGCAGGUGAUUGCCAAUGAUGGCAAGUUUGAGACGUCGGUCUCGGUCACUAUCGAAAUCAUCGACGAGAACGACAACCAGCCGGUCUUUGAGCAGGAGAACUACGUCGUCUCGAUUCCCUUCAACUCGCACCCUGGUCGGACGAUCAUUCAGGUGCACGCCACCGACCCGGACAGUGCCAACAACGGCGAGGUGACCUACUGGAUCAAGAACACGCACGGCAUCUUUGAGAUCGACUCCAAGACCGGCCUCGUUCGACUGGUCAGUGCUCUGCCGGUGAACAAGCAGAACGCCACCUAUGAGAUGGAGGUCUUUGCACAGGACCACGGCGUGACGCCCAACAUUGGCAAGGCGCUGCUCGUCGUCCGCUCCUCCAACAACCACAACCACCCGCCCAAGUUUGAUGAGUUCUACUACUCAGUGGAGGUGGAGGAGAACAUUUCCGGCAUUAAUCUAGUGCGCGUCCAGGCGACCGACCCUGACCAGGGCAAGGCGGGCAAGAUCAACUACAGACUGAUCAAGUCCACGCACCCUUCCGCUUUCCGCAUUGACAAGACGUCAGGGCAGAUUCUGCUGGUGGCUCCGCUGGACUACGAGACGGCCAAGUACCACGAGAUAGUGGUGGAGGCACGGGACGAGGCCAAGGAUUCGCAGUUUGUGACCACCGUCGUUCAGGUGAAGGUGCGCGAUGUGAACGACUUUGCGCCGGAGAUUCUCUCCGUCCCGCGGGUGAUUCGCAUUCCGCAGUCGGUGACGCCGAACAGCGAGGUCAUCUACACGGUGCAGGCCAUCGACCUGGACAGCAGUGACCGAGGCAACAAUCUGCUGCAGUUCUCUAUUGAGCCGCCCAGUCCGCUCUUCAACAUCAACCCCCUCACCGGGCAGAUAUUCGCCCUGCAGCGGCUGAUGCCGCACAAUGACAUCUUCAAGAUUAUCGUCCGAGACCGAGCGGAGAAGAACCCGCUGUCCAGUUCGGUGGACGUGCAGAUCGAGGUGUACAAUGACGCCGUCGAGGAGAUCAUUCCCAGCUUCACCUCGACGCAGUACAUUGUCCAGGUGGAGAACACCAUUGAGCCGGGCAGUCCGGUGGUGUCGCCGCGUGCCAAAAUUCCCAGCGGCGGACAGAUAUGGUACAACAUCUCCAGUUCGCCGCACUCCAAGUUCAGCAUUGACCACGAGACGGGACGCAUCUUUGCGACCUCGCGCAUCGACUACAUGAACGCCCGUGAAAGCACGUUCCACUUUCUGGUGAUGGCGUACAAUAAGAACGACAAGCGGCGCUUCUCAGAGGCCAGUGUGGUCAUUCGCCUGCUGGAGACGAACAACAAGUGCGCCAAAUUUCCCUUCUCCGAGUACUACGCCUCCAUCAAGGAGAAUUCCCCCGUCGACAUGGUCGUCAUUCCCGACCUGAUGCUGAUGGACUUGAACAAGUACAACGGCCUCAAUCUGGAGUACCAGAUCACGGAGGACAACUCCAAUGACAACUUCUACAUUGACGCCCUCACAAAGGACGAUCUGGUGACGAAUGCAACGCUGCGCAUUAAAAAGCUCAUCGACCGCGACCGAAUGGCCAAGUUUCUGCAGGGCAUCUACACGCUGACCGUGUCUGCUACGAACCACCGCUGCACGGCAAACAUUCGCAUAAAGAUACAGAUAAUCGACGACAAUGACAACAGUCCAAUCUUCCAGCAGGCAGAGUACAUUGUCGAGCUGAAGGAGAACACCCCGGUGGGCCAUGUGGUGACCACGCUGACAGCCACUGACAAUGAUGAAAUUGAUGAAGGCCAGCUGAAGUACUUCAUCGUGGACGGCAACACUGAACAGGUCUUUGACAUGGAAAUGAAGACCGGCGUCAUCUCGGUGAAGGAGGUGCCUGAUCGGGAGAAGUCGCCGGCCUAUGUCCUCAAGGUGGUCGCCAUUGAUGCGGCCAACAACACUGGCUGGUCAAGUGUGCACAUAAUCAUCCUCGAUGAGAAUGACAAUGAACCGACCUUCCUCAAUGAAACCUUCAUGUUGAACGUCACUGAAGGGCCGACUAGCGUGGGCACACGACUUCGUCUGCCCGUCGUCGACUACGAUGACGGCAUGAACCGACAAAUGGAGGUGUACAUCGUCGACGGCAACUCCAAUGGAGAGUUCAGACUGGACGUCGAUGAGGGUGGCCCUCUGCUGACCAUCGUUUCAGAGCUGGACCGUGAGAAGUACAACGUCCCAGAGGCGGCCCUACAUCUAGUUUUCGUCGCCGCCAAGGACAAGGGCAUUCCGCCGAGAAUCGGCAAAACGAUGGUCGCAGUCGUCAUUCAGGACAUCAAUGAUUCACCGCCUAAAUUUGAAAAGGACUCCUACUACUGUUUCAUCUCCGAGGACUCACAAGUGGGCAUGGUGCUGGCGGAGUUGAAGGCGACUGACGCCGAUUCAGCAGCCAACACCAAUCUCAGCUACUCCUUCGGUCGAAACACCGGCAAUGUGCCCUUUGCCAUCAAUCCGCUGAACGGCAUCGUCAACGUCUCACGACAGUUGGACGUCUCCGAGAAGCAGCAGUACUCGAUCACCGUGGAGGUAUUUGAUGGCGUCUGGAGGACGACCACCAUGCUGAACAUUAUCGUCAACGAGGCGGAGGAGAGAGAUCCGCGAUUUGAGCAGGCGCACUACCGCUUUGAGAUUAAGGAGAACCUGAAGAAUCACUUUGUGGGCAAGGUAGACCUGAAGCCUCGAAAGCACCGCAUCAACUCCUCCAUCAAGUACACCAUCAUCAACUCCGAGGUGCGACAGCUGUUCAACAUUACCACCGAUGGGGAGAUCUACACGAGGGUGGGUCUGGACCGUGAGAAGCGCAGCAAGUACGUCUUUACGGUGAAGAUCGAGGAGAAGCACCCCACUACGAAGAUCAGCGUCAGCGAGGUGAUCAUCGACGUGCUCGAUGAGAACGACCAGAUUCCCACCUUCCCGCAGUCGUACACUGGGUCGAUUCGGGAGAACUGCAAGGCGGGCACUGCCGUGCACAUCAUGCCCAUCAUCAAGGCAAUUGACAAUGACAUUGGCAACAACUCCGUCAUUGAGUACUCCCUCGCGGGCGAUGGCUCAGAGAUGUUCACCAUUCUCAAGUCUGGCUCUGUCAUUUUCACGCCACUAGACCCGAAGCAGGUACUGGACAGAGAGACACGGUCUCACUACAAGUUCAAGGUGACCGCCCGAGACAUGGGCGGCUUGGCCUCUACCACUGACCUGAUGAUCACCGUUGAGGAUGAGAACGACAACAGUCCGCAGUUCCAGCAUGGUCCGCUGUACGUGCUGCUUCCGGAGAUUGCCAAGCCCGGCUCAAAGGUCGUCGAGGUAAAGGCGACGGACAUUGACGAGGGCAACAACGCCAAGAUUCAGUACUACAUUACCAGCGGCGGCAAUGGCGACAUUCGCAUUGACCGGAUGACGGGUGAAAUCUUCGUCGUCGGCUCACUCAAGCCAGGCUCUGUUUACUUUAUGAACGUAUCAGCUGUUGACGGCGCUGGGCUCUCGGCACGUACCACAGUCAACGUGACCAUCAUCGAUGUAAACAAUCACAAACCUACGUUUGACCAAGUCAACUACAGCUUCACGGUGCUGGAGAGCAACUACACCAAUGACAAGACUAAACUUGGCGUUUUGAGAGCACGUGAUGAGGAUAUUGGCAAGAAUGGACUGGUUGAGUACACCAUCUCUAGCAAUGUUGCUUCAGAUUUCCCAUUCAAAAUCGACGUUCACACUGGCGAGCUCUUUGCGCAAGGCUUCAUCGACCGUGAACAGCGAGAAGUGUACACAUUCGAAGUGACGGCACUGGACUCGGGAGAGCCUCCAAACAAUUCAUCGACUGAAGUCAAGAUCACCGUGUUGGACCGAAACGAUGAAAGACCACGAUUUUACACCGAUCCCUAUUUGGCGCAUGUUCCAGAGAACCUCGAUCCUGGUCAUAAAGUGACGCAAAUUGCCGCAUUUGAUCCUGAUCUGGGAGAGAACGGUCAAGUGUUUUACAAGCUUGGUGCAGGACAUGACAACAAGUUCUACAUUGACGGCAAAGACGGCACAGUAUGGACUUUGUCUACUUUAGAUUUUGAACAAAAGAGCUUCUACAACAUCACCGUCAUUGCCUACGAUCGGGGCAAUCCCAGUCUGAGUUCUUCUGCCAAACUGUGGGUCACUGUGGCCGACACACCUGAUUCAGUGCCUGAUUUCUCUAAGGCCGUCUACACGGUUGAAGUGGCUGAAAACGCCAAACCCGGUGAUAUCAUUUACAAGUUGGACGCUGGCGAAGGGCCGUUCAAGUAUUCUCUGCUAAAUCCUGAGGAGAUUGACACAUUUUCAGUGGACAAGAGCACUGGCAAGGUGAAACUAGUCAAACCACUGGACAGUAACUUUCGAAAUCACUACCGUUUGCUGGUCAAAUCGGAGGACGACACUGAACCGCCAAAGUCUGAUUCAGCCGAGGUGAACAUAAUCGUGGGCACCGGUCAAGGUGUUCGUCUCUUCCCUCAGCGACUGUACGAGGUUUCGGUGAAGGAGAACAGCCUGACGCCGACGCUUCUCAUUGAUCUCAACUCCACCGAUGAAAUUGCCCGCAAAUCGUCCUUUUACCGCAUUGUGGGCUCGGAUUAUCGAGGCACCUUCAAGAUUGAACCUGAAAACGGUCGGUUAAUGCUGACAAAGAGUUUAGAUCGAGAGAAGAAGGACGUCUACCACUUGAAGAUUAAGGCCGAGAACGUCAUUCACCGGCGAGUGGGACGUGACAUUAAUGCACUCUAUCAGCAUCUGACGAGCACGGAAAGUCACAAUAAUCACCUCGCAUUUGACGAAGCACUGGUGGUGGUCCACGUGGAGGACUUGAAUGAUAACUCGCCCCAGUUCGACAACAAGGAUCACCCCAUUGUGGCGGCAGUGCCACUGGAGGCUUCAUUCGGCUUUAAAGUGGUCAAAGUGAACGCUAAAGACUCGGACAUUGGUCUAAACAGUGCCAUUCGCUACGAGUUACAGUCUCGAGGCGAUGACUCGCACACCAAGUUCUACAUUGACCCAGUCAGCGGGGACAUUCGCUCGAUGGUCACCUUCAACCUCGACGGCGGGAAGAUGUACGGCUUUGAUGUGAAGGCCACUGACUGUGAGGGCAGUGAGAGCGGCAACUCGGCAACCACCACUGUCUUUGUGUACGUUCUGCCGGAGACAAAGAUGAUCCUCUUUGUCUCUGACAAGGAGCCCAUCACAGUGGAGAAAAAGUAUCCAGAAAUUCUGUCGUACCUUAGCAAUGUGACAGACUACGAAGUGAAACUGGCCAAACUUGGUCCUCACGUGGAGGGAGAAAUGCAGGAGACGCACUCUACGGACAUUUUCCUCUACGGAGUCAAUAAGCAAAACAAUGAAAUCAUCGACACUGAGACGUUGCUAGACGUCUUCCGCAAGAACUCUCAGCAAAUUGUAGAAAGUCUGCGUUUCUUCCGGAUUCGGCGCAUUCAGGGCGUUACUGUUCAGGAGAAGAUCAGCCAGAUGGGCGCCACUGAGAUUGCCAUCAUUGCCCUCUCUUCAGUCAUCUUCCUGGGAACUGUUCUCUCAAUAGCACUUCUCUGCUCUUCGUGUAAAGAAAGGAAAAUUAGACAAAGGCAAAUCAACUGGGAGCAGCAAAACCUGUACAACAUUAAGAAUCCACUAAUGGCCGGUCCAAAGUCGAUAUACGGCAGCAGAGGUAUUCCAGUGGGCAACAUCUCCAAUUACUCCUGUGACGGUUUUGGAAACGGCGACUACAUGGAGUCUAUAGCGUCGUACAAGCGAAACGGCAGCGUCCUCGAUGGGCGAUCUGCGCACACGGAGAUUUCGUCCAAAAGCCGCCAAGUACCUCCUCCUGAUGGAGCAUCUUCGAUGAAUCCUCCUCGAAGUCCCUUCUCUGAUAGAUUUUCUAAGUCCAAUGCCCACAUGAACUCCAUUAUGGGCCUACCAAUGAACGAAGUUAACAACGACUGGUCUGGCUACUCUAGAGGGUCUGGCCGGUCACGAAACUCCUACAGCGGUACAAGUUGGUCGUCUCGCAAGUCCAAAACCUCAGACCGACGAUAA